GGGUGCCAACCUUUGGUUUCUCUCAGAGACAGGGGUGCCAACCUUCGGUUUCUCUCAGAAAUAGAGGUGCCAACCUUUGGUUUCUCUCAGAGACAGGGGUGCCAACCUUUGGUUUCUCUCAGAGACAGAGGUGCCAACCUUUGGUUUCUUUCAGAGAUAGAAGUGCCAACCAUUGGUUUCUCAGAGACAGCGGUUCCACUGUAGUGUAGCUGAGGUGCCAUGGUACCGUAGCGGUUAGCACAACGCCAUUGCAGCACUGAGCGUUGGAGUUCAAUUUUGGUGCCGUCUGCAAAGGGUUUGCAUAUCCUCGCCACCCCACCCCCCUCAACGCCACCCAUGUAGGUUUCUUCCAGGUGAUCUGAUUUCUUCAGGUAGUCCAAAGGCAUACGGGUCAGUAGUUUAAUUGGCAAUUGUAAAUUACCUUGACAUUUGGUGAAGGGGUGAAAUAGGUGGGUUGCUGGGUGGCAGGGCUCGUUGUGCUGUAAAGGCCUGUUCUGCGCUGUAUUUCCAAACAAGUAAAUACAAAAAACCACAUCACCAUUUUGAGGAGUUGUUAUCUCCUGACAUCUGGUAAAUGUUUAAGCUUUACCUAACCUAAUGUUGCGAAACUGGCUAUCUGAUCUUUAUCAGAUUACAGGUACUGAUCUUGAAACUGUUAGGGGUAAUUAGGUUGUUGUAUUUUCUAUUGCAUGUUACCACUUUCCAGAAGUACUUCAUUGGCUAUAAAGUGCUUAGCCCUGUCCAGGAAGAGAACAAAGACCCCAAUAUCAAUGUAAGGCUUUUGUUUCCCCAUCUUCUGUUUCCCACCCUCCACUUAACCCUCAUCCUUUCCACUCACAUUAUCUCACUCCUGUCUUCUCCCUUCCAUCUUUUUCUUUGCUGCACCUCCCUCUCCCACCCUCCAGCCUCCUCCCCAGCUCUCCCUCUCAUUUCUCUUUUCUUGGCCUCUUACCUUCCCCCUCUUCCUCUUCCUCCCUGAACAAGAAGGCACAGCAACGCCUUCACUUCCUAAGGAGAUUGAGGUUCUUGGUGGCAUGUGAUUUGGUACAGCAGGGAAUCCAACUUGCUGGAGUUGGCAACUUCUGGAUUUCUCUAGUUAACUAAAAAGAAAUUGCGACAGCAUGUUCUUUGAAACUGAUGAAACAGAAGAGACUAUAACUUCUCUUCAUAUCGGAGUCUACCAUCCACAGGCUUCAGUGUUUAAGUCCCUGAAUUUCAAUGAAAAACAGAAGUAUCGAGGAGAAGAAUCCAUAAAGUUUGGCCGUGACUCUAAAGUAUGCCAAUUUCCUCUAUUGGACAAACGUGCUUCACGAAUUCAGUUUGUAAUACAAUCAUUCCGACAUGCUGACAGCUCAGAGCUCUGUUUUGAAAUCAAAAAUGUAAGCUUGAGGACUCAACUAUCUGUCAAUGGUGUCACUUUGGAUCAUCUCAAUAGAAUUGAUUUACCAAACAAGUGUAUUUUGCGAUUUGGUGAAUUCCAAUUCUGUCUUGAAAAGGAGAGUGGAGAAGACAGAGAACAUUUUGAGGUCAAAUUUACUCUUUCUUUUGUUCCAUUUUGUCAGGAGGGAAUUGUGGAGGCUCUAUCUCAUCCUGUGACUGAGAGUGGUGUUUUGAAUGUACCAGUGACCCAGCACCAAUCUCAGACUGCAGUAGAAACUGAUGAAAAUGAAUUAAUAUCAUAAGAUUCAUGCAUGUUACAUUAAGUAGUAAAUUAAUGCUAGGCUCUUCAGCUAUCAUGUGUAGUGUGAGGGAGGAGAGAAAACUUGGCCCAAGUGUUGUUCAAAAGGGAGUCUUGGGAAACACCACUAGAAAUCAUCAGGGUUUCCAAAUCGUUGGUAAGUGGGAUAUCAAUAUAUUACUGUACUGGGAAAAUCAAAUUUAAAUCAGAAUAACAGAAUUUCCCAGUGGCUAAAUAUUUUAAAUCCCAUCACCAUUUUCAUUCUGACAUGCCAGUCUAUGGCCGCCUCUUCUGCCACAGUGAGGCCACUCUCAUGGAGGAGGUGCAACACCUCAUUCUAUGUAGGUAGCCUCCAACCUGAUGGCAUAAACAGUGAUUUCUCCUUCUGCUAAUUCCCCCCUCCCCCUUUUCUCCUCUUCUACUCCCCACUCCGGCCUCUUACCUCUUCACCUCACCUGCCUUUCACCCCCCCCCCCUAACCCGGUGCUCUCCUCUUUCCCCUUCUCCUGUGGUGCAUUCUCCUAUUAGAUUCCUUCUUCUCCACCCCUCACCAUUUGUUGUUCUGGUCCUCCUCCUCUCCCCCACUUUUUAUUCUGACAUCUUCCCCACCUCCCUUCCUUUCCAGUCUGGAUGAAAGGCCUCAGCCUGAAAUGUUGACCGUUUAUUCAUUUCCAACAUCCUGCCUGACCUGUUGAGUUCCUCUAGCAUUUUGCCGGUAUUGCUCGGGAUUUCCAGCAUCUACAGAAUCUCUUAUUUUUAGAAUAUUAAAUGUUACCUUUAUACAAAUAUUGGCAGCAAAUGCUAAGAUAACAAUAUUAAUGCCUUUGCAAUACAUACACACACAAUGCUUUCGGAACUCAGCAGGUCUGGCAGCAUCCAUGGAGAGGAAUAAAGAGUUGAUGUUUAGGGGCAAGACACUUCAUCAGGAUCCUGGUAGGACAGGGAUUUCCAAGUUGUGGUCCAUGGACCCCUCAGCUAAAGGUAUAAGAAAGGUUGGGGACCCCUGUGGUAGGGGAACAUCAGGGGUAGGGAGAGACCAAUUAAACUGUCAAGCUGCUGUCAGCAGUUAAUAAGAUCUGAAUGUAAUCUCAACUCUUCAUUUUUUGCUAUCAAUGCCUUCAGAGGAAUAAAAAAAAUCUCAUCUGUCUUGACAGACAAAAAUUACUGCAGAUGCUGGAAAGUCUUAGUAGACCAGGCAGCAUCUGUAUAAAGAGAGACUGAGUCAAUGGGUUAAAAUGUAUUCAGCUUUUGGUAGUGGUCCUGUGCUUAGGUCAGUACAUUCCUGACAUUUCUGUCUGCUCAUCGUAGCACAGGAAUUGGGAAUGAGCCGGAGGUUACAGGUUUUCUGAUCUCCCUCUGGACUCCAGAAAGUUUUGUCAUACUGAACUGAGGAGCUAGAUACAUUCAGUUUGAUGUAAAUUUAUUAUCAAAGUACAUACAGUAUGUUACCACGUACAACCCCGAGCACACACAUAAAGUACUGGAGGAACUCAGCAGGAAAAGAAUACAGUUGACAUUUUGGGCCCUUCGUCAGGACUGGAAAAAAUAUGAGUCAGAGUAAGAAAGUGGGCUGAGGGGAGGGGUGAAGUAAAGAGCUGGGAAGUUGAUUGGUGGAAGAGAGACAGGGCUGGAGAAGGAACAAUCUGACAGGAGAGAACAAAGGACCGUGGAAGAAAGAAGAGGGAGAGUAGCUCCAGAGGGUGGUGAUGGGCAGGUAAGAAGAUAAGGUCAGAGGGGGAAUUGGGAAUGUGGAAUGGUGAAGGGGGGGGGCAAUUACUGGAAGCUGGAGAAAUUGAUGUUCAUGCCAUCAAGUUGGAGACUAACCAAGUGGAUUAAUAGGAUGUUGCUCCUCCAACCUGAGUGUGGCCAACCCUGAGAUUAGUUUUCUUGUGGGCGUACACAGUAAAUCCAAGAAACACAAUAGAAUCAAUGAAAUACCACACCCAACAGGAUGGACAAACAACCAAUGUGCAAAAGACAACAAGCUGCAAAUAUGAAAGAGAAAAAAAUAAUAAAUAACCAAUAGAUAUUGAGAACAUGAGAUGAAGAAUCCUUGAAAGUGAGUCCAUUGGUUGUGGGAACAGUUCAGUGAAAGGGCGCGUGAAGUUAUCCACUUGGCUCCAAGAACCUGAUGGUUGAAAGGUAAUAACUGUUCCUGAACCGUGUGUGUGCGCGUGUGGCCCUGAGCUUCCUCUACCACCAUCCUGAUGGCAGCAAUGAGAAGAGAACAUGGUCUGGAUGGUGGGGUUUCUUAAUGAUGAAUGCUGAUUUCCUGUGACAGCACUCCAUCUGGAUGAGCUUUACCCAUGAUGGACUGGGCCAUAAACAGUACUUUUUGUAGGCUUUUCCAUGCAAGGCUGUGACACUAGUCAAUAAACUCUCCACGGCGCAUGCAUAGAGGUUUGCUAAAGUUUUAGAUGCCAUGCAAAAUCUUUGUAAACUACUAAGGAAGUAGAGGUGUGCUUUCUUCAUAAUUGGACUUGUAUGCUGGGCCCAGGACACAGAGAGUAACUUGCCCCUCAGAAUAAUUGCUUAAAUAAUGUAUGUACACUCAGUGACAUUGCCAUUUUUGCUUCAGUGCUCUGAAAUGAAACUCAUUUAUAUCUGAAACUAAUUUAGAGUUCACCUGCAUUAAUACUCCUUUAGCUCACUUUCCCCUAAAGACAUUUUCUUAAACGUUCAGGCUCAUGAAUUAUAAUUCAAGGACAUAGUGUUCCAGAAAAGUGUCAAGUAUAUUCUCAAAAAUAUCUUGCCACCUUUGGAACACAGCCUGUUUCUGCUUUUCCCAGUUUGUGAAAAUUCAAAUAUCUGUAUAUAAUAAAUUACGUUUGCUGCAAACUUCUCAUUUUUGCACAUUUGUGUCCUGCUGCAUUAUCACUGGUAAUAGUUACAAACAAUUCCCACCUAACUAUAUUGUUUUCUGUUUCCUCAGUUUUACUCAGUUUCUCCUGAGAUUAUUUUUAAUAGCCUAGAGAUCAUCUACAAAUUUUGCUUUGUCAAUGUUCUGAAAUCUAAUAAAUCUACUAAAUUACAGUCA